GUUAUCUUGCCGCCUCGAAUUCCCAUAAUACUCCGCGCGCGCGCGGCCGCCUUCCUUUUUCCGCCAUCUUGCUGCCCUGCAGGCAUCAUGGUGCGCAUGAAUGUUCUGGCCGAUGCUCUUAAAAGCAUCAACAAUGCAGAGAAACGUGGAAAGCGUCAGGUUCUCAUCAGGCCGUGCUCCAAAGUAAUUGUCCGGUUCUUAACCGUGAUGAUGAAACACGGCUACAUAGGUGAAUUUGAGAUCAUUGAUGACCACAGAGCUGGGAAAAUUGUUGUGAAUCUCACAGGCAGGCUUAACAAG